AUGUCUACCAUUCGAGCGCCUGGGUCUUCUGCCAUUCCCAGACCUGUUCCUGUGCUUGACACGCCCAGAGAGAGCCACGCUACUAAUAGCGAAGUAGGCGGCUCUUCCACUGUCAGCGCAAGCCGACAGAAGCAAUCAAAGAGAGAUGAGGCCAUUCGUCGCAAGAUGGAGAAUGAUCUCUCCAAGAAGAAGCACCUCACCGGCCGGGCUCGACACACCCGCAAGGCCCCUCCCGGCACCGUCCUCGCCCUCAAGCCCAGCCAGGCCCUGCAGAUCAAGCCCCAGACAACCGUCGCCGAGGCGGCACAGCUGAUGGCCGCCAAGAGGGAGGACUGUGUACUGGUCACGGACGAUGAUGACAGGAUCGCCGGUAUCUUUACGGCCAAGGAUCUGGCCUUUCGCGUCGUCGGCCAGGGGCUGAAGUCGGCCAAUGUCACCAUCGCCGAGAUCAUGACCAAGAACCCCCUGUGCGCCCGCACCGACACCAGUGCCACCGAUGCGCUCGACCUCAUGGUGCGCAAGGGCUUCCGUCACCUGCCUGUCAUGGAUGAGAACCAGGACAUCUCGGGUAUUCUCGACAUCACAAAGUGUUUCUACGACGCCAUGGAGAAGCUGGAGAGGGCCUACUCGUCCUCGAGGAAGCUCUACGACGCGCUCGAGGGCGUGCAGUCCGAGCUGGGCGCCAGCCAACCCCAACAGAUCAUCUCGUACGUCGAGGCCCUGCGCGUCAAGAUGUCUGGCCCCACCCUGGAGUCCGUCCUGAACGGCGAGCCUCCCGUCACUGUCAGCGUCCGGACCUCGGUCAAGGAGGCUGCCUUCCUCAUGAAGGAGAACCACACUACUGCCCUUUUGGUCCAGGACAAUGGCUCCAUCACCGGUAUCUUCACGAGCAAGGAUGUCGUCCUCCGCGUCAUCGCCCCAGGCCUGGAUCCAUCAACCUGCAGUGUCGUCCGCGUCAUGACCCCUCAUCCCGACUUUGCGCCCAUCGACAUGAGUAUCCAGGCUGCUCUCCGAAAAAUGCACGAUGGUCACUAUCUCAACCUUCCCGUCAUGAACGAUGGCGGUGAGAUCGUGGGCAUGGUCGACGUGCUCAAGCUGACCUAUGCGACUCUGGAGCAGAUUAAUGGCAUGUCCACCACCGACAGCGAAGGUCCGGCCUGGAACAAGUUCUGGCUGUCCCUCGACCACGAGACCGAGUCCAUGGUUUCUGGCGAAGGCAACCACCACGGCCACAGCCAAGUAGGCAGCCGAUCGCUCAUGUCGCCCGAUAUCCCUAGAGAGCGUAUUGUGGACAGCGUCGCACCGGGUGACUCGGCCUCGCACGCUGGUGUAGACUCCCCUCCGCACAGUGCUCUGGACCACGGCCCCGAGCUGCUGCCGCCCGCCGAGGUCCCCUUCCCCUUCAAGUUCAAGGCUCCCAGCGGUCGCGUCCACCGUCUGCAGGUCACCGCCGCGCAGGGCAUGGACACCUUCGUCGUCAACGUCCUCUCGAAGCUCGGGUCAGAGGUUGAUGCGAUUGGUGGUGCGCCCACCGUGGAGGACGGCAAGCUCUCCAACACUGGAUUCGCCCUGAGCUAUCUGGACGACGAGGGCGACUCCGUGUCCAUCACGACCGACCAGGAUCUGCUGGAGGCGAUCCUGCUCGCGCGCCAGAACCGACGUGACAAGGUGGACCUGUUUGUGCACGAUCCCGAGAAGCCCCCCAUCGCACAGGCACCCACGCCAGCCCCCGAACCCUCGUCGGUCGUCGUUCCCACGCCUCCCGCUUCUUCGCUCCUGCGGGAGCGCAAAAAGAGGUAUGAUGACGAAGACAGCGAGGAGGACGACGAUGAGGAGGACUACUCGCCCCGCCGCGGCCGUCGCCAGCGCAACAGGCAUGCUCAGCCAGAGCAGGUUGUUCCUGGUGUGCCUAACGAGCUGCUCCUGCCUGGUGCGAUUGCCACACUCGCGGUGGUCAUCAUUGCGACGUUCACGAUUGGAAGGAUGACAAGCCGAUAG